UAUUUAUAAAGCCAGUGAGCCGCAGUCCACAGAGUGAACCUAACACAAACCCUAAUCCAAAUUCACAUUUUCCCUCCUGAUUUUCCGAGUUUCCAUGGGGAAGCCGAAGCAUGUCGCUCCUCCCGAAGACUCUGACGACGAAUCGCAGGUUCCAAAGCCUCAGCUCGAACAAGAAGAUAGCAGCGAGGAAGAGGAUGAAGCAACUUCAUCUGAGGAAGACGAAGACACCGAUGAAGGCGAAGAUGAACGUGACAAGCACGUGCUGCUUCCCAGGAAGCCUCAACCGCAAGUGGUUUCCAAACCCUCGUCUUCUUCUUCUGAAGACGAUUCGGAGUCGGAGCCAGAGCCAGAGCCGGAACCGGAGCCGGAGCCUGAGCCCGAGCCCGAGGCUCUAUUGAAAAACGCGAAACCCUCUUCAAAGUUGAAGUCUCCACCUUCGUCUGCUGUGAGUCAAGCCAAAUCCGGGUCGAAGCGCGCAGCGAAGAACAGUAUCGAUCACUCGAACCAAACAAAACGUGGGAAGAAGGCACAGGAGGAUCACGCGGCCUCUGAUGAAGAGGAUCCGAAGAAAUCACGUGACGAGUCCAAAUCCCUCUUUCAGAGGGUUUUCAGCGAGAAAGAUGAGAUAGGUAUCUUGAAAGGCCUGGCUGAGUUCAACGCAAAAACAGGGAAGGAACCCUAUAAAUGCGCUGAAGAAUUUUACGAUUUUUUGAAGGGAUCGAAUUUGAUUGGGUCAAAUGCAUCAUGCAACCAAUUGAAGGAUAAGAUCCACCGGCUGAAGAAGAAGUUUGAGAACAACCUAGCCAAAGAGAAGAACGGCAAGGGGACAACUUUAAAGCCGCACGAGUUGGAAGCAUUUCAGUUGGGAAAGAAUGUUUGGGGCCACGAUGGCCGUGGCGGUAAAACGGUGCGCAACGAAGCUUCGAAAAAGGAUAAGGCUGGGAAGAGUACCCCCAAGAAGGCGCCAGUGCCCCAUUCAAAUGAGAAAGCUGAAGCAAAGUCCAAAAUGAAAUCUGAACCUUUGGAUUCAAGGAUGAGUGAAUUGUCUGGGACUAGUUUAGCUUUGACUUCAAUGUUGAAAUACGAUGGGACUUUUGGUAAGCCUUACGGUGAAGACUAUAUUAGAAGGGGAAUAGAGUUGCUUGGAGUCUCAAAGAGGGAAGAGAUCGAGGAUAAGUGGAGAAAGUUCGAAGAUGCUGAAAAUAAAUUGUAUGCGGAGAUAGCUGAAUUCUAUGCGGAACAGGCUAAGUUACUAUGUCAAGCAAAUAGCUCCUCGUCCUCCUAGGUUUUUCUUUGAACGAUCUAAGGCUGCGUUUGGAAUGAGACUGAGACUGAGAUUAGGAGACAAAGACGAAACUAAGUUUAAGUAUUGUGUUUAGUUAUGUCUUAGUAUCCUGUUUGGUUUGAGAUUAAAGCAGAGAUCGAAAUGAUUGAAGUUACCAAAAUAUCUCUAUUUAUACUUAACUUAAAAUAAAACCCUAUCCCCUUUUGUGUGUGUGUCAAACCAUCGAGCCGUGCCUUGUGCCUCGUCUGGCUCUACUUCGUCCGUCGCCAGCGGCUGUGCGACACGGCAACGUCCCAAAGCGGCGUUACACUGAGGUUGCAGUUACUCCUUUGUUCCCUGUGCACGCUGUUGGUCCGUCGUGCCGCCUUCGGCGCGCGUAAUGAAACAUAAUUUGUUUGGUAGUUAAAUAUAUGUCAUAACAUACAAAUAACAAUCCUAUGAAAAUGAUAAUCUUACCCUUAUACAAACCACCACUACUACCAACACCAUCUCGUGUCUUCGUGUGAUGGUUGGGGGUUCUAUAUGUUAAGCAUAUUGUUAAUUUCAAGUGUGAUGGUUGGGGGGUUCUAUAUGUUGAGCACAUUGUAAAUUUCACGUUUUCAAAUUGUGAUAUGUACUAUUUGAAUAUUGUCAAUGAUGAUAA